AUGUGGGCCAUCUAUAGAAAUGGGAGACUGAAAUCUGAUUCCCCAAAAUGUGAUUACUCUGCCCCCUCCUGGACAGAAGAGCGGCUGGAUGGGCCCCUCAAUCUGGCAGGCAGUGGCAUCAGCAGUAUCAACAUGGCGCUAGAGAUCAACGGGGUGGUCUACACUGGUGUCCUCUUUGCCCGCCGCCAACCUGUGCCAGCUUCCCAGGGCCCAACCAACCCUGCACCCCCACCCUCUACUGGGCCCCCUUCCAGCACCUUGCCCUGAGAGUUCCUACUCAG